CUUCCUGUGUGGGCGGGCUUAAGACUUUGCAUACGUAGACAUUUGUCCUGCUUUUAUUCUCCCUUUUGAAACAUUUUGUACUGUAGAGUAGACGAGUGCCAGCUGCAUACCAGUGAGCCAUAUUAACCAUAUAACUAACAUUCCACAUUUUUGUAAAAUAAUUCMUAACCUACUUAUUUGGAAGAUGGUCGCCAAACAGAGGAUUCGUAUGGCCAACGAAAAACACAGCAAGAAUAUCACGCAAAGAGGCAACGUAGCCAAAUCUACGAGAAACCCUCAAGAUGAUAAGGUGGCUGUGGGACCCUGGCUGUUGGCACUCUUCAUCUUUGUUGUGUGUGGAUCAGCUAUCUUCCAGAUCAUUCAGAGCAUUCGGAUGGGCAUGUAGGAUGACAUGUCCACCCCGUCCAUUCCACUCAGUAUCCGCCGAACCAAGUACCACCUCUCUCAGCUCGAUGACGUCCCAUUAUCCUUCACUCAACAUUCUCAGUCUUCUUAAGUUGCACACAGCUAGGCCAAGGACGAUGAGCCACUGUCUUGCACUUUUAGUGACUUUCUGUUCUUAAUUUGUAUUAUUUUGUUUGACCUUUGUUAUUUGUCUUUCUGGUUACUUUUGGCAAGCUCUGUCAAGUCAUUCCUACCUUGUGCCUUAAAUGAUAGAGGUUAACAAUUUUCAGCACACAACAAAAAGCCAUUCAAGCUGCAUUCCAAUAGUGGGGUUUCUGAAAUAAUAAGGUGAUGUGCUCUGUCAAUCUCAGGCAAGUUGGCCAUCUUGUGGAAUUGUGAGCUCUGUUUUUGGUGGUCCUUUCUGGAAGUCUUAUUUGCCACCACUUUGUUGUAAUUUCAGUGUGUAAUAUGAACUACAAUUUCUUCUUUCAUUUAGUGUAUUGAAAGAAAUGUUCUGUUUUGCUUUGAACAUGUUUUCUGUUUGGUAGAAUGACCAAAUGUCUUGGUCAGACUGGAAAGAAAUUCAGCAACACAAAUCUUAGCACAAGAUUUGAAGCUGGAUAUAAUACUCAUGCCAAAAGAACAACUAAAUGGUAGAAACCAGAGCCAUGUAUUUAGAAAGUUAGGACAUUGAAGUUAUGGCAUUAUGAUCCAUUUACAUGACACCGUAUAAUCAAAGAGUUCCAUAUGGCAGCCAUGUUAGCUCCCUAUGGACAAUAUUAACCAAUAGCAGUUCAUGGAAUUUUCUAAAUUUUAAACAAUGCUAUGUAACUGAAUGUCUAUAAUUAAAAUACUUGUCAUAUAAAUGAAAUGCUCAAAGCCGCUAACAUGGUGUUGGUUUAAGAAGUUGGGCAAACUCUAUAUGGUUUUGGUAGAAAUUAGUGGUACGUAAUGAUAAGCAGUCCUAUUGUUUUUUUGCGGUCUAGUCCUCAUCUACUUUUUAAAUAUUUUGUAUCUAUUGAUUGGCCCUCCUAUUCUUGGGGCUUUGGGAUUGUCAACUGAUCCACAGUCAGUUGAAUAUGGAUCAGUAAAAGUAAGAAGGACAUCUUCAAGCUUUGAUAGUUGAUCUGACGUCCUGUCCUCAUGUUUACGGAAACAGUUCAAGGCUCAAGCUUACUGGAUAAACUGUAAUUAUCUUCACUAAACCAGUGUUUAGAAGUAAAUAUUAAGGGCUGGAUGAAAAUGUCAACCUGGUUAUUUUACUGUGCAUAAAGUAUGCUGGCAAUGUAAGAGCGAAAUUAAUUAAAUAUGAUAAUUGGUACAUUA